AUAGAUGAUGUGUUUGAGAGAGAGAGACCCUCAGAAGCUCUUGAAUUCAAUUUAUGCUGUUGUAACUCCGGAAAAGGAAGCCUUGUAAUCUGUCUGACAGCUAUAUCUCUGCAGUGAAUUGAUUAACCUCUCUCCGGGUUCCCGGUUGUUUGAAAGAGGAACCCAGUGCCGACAGAGAGAGGGAAGGGUGGGGGAACAUGUUGUGUUGGGGGGACUGGGACUCGGAGACCGGGCAGAAAGACGCCUCACAGACACGGCAAGUUCUCAAAGGGCAGAGAGUUCAGCAUGUUUGCAGCCGGGACGGAUUCACUGUGUUUGUGUUGGAAAACGGAACCGUUUAUACCAGGGUCCGUGGAAGGAAGAAGCAAACAAAGCCUGGACAGUUUACUCAUUUCAAGGAGCAAAAAAUCGACUUUGCGGAUAGUGGAACAUCCCACAUUCUGUUCCUUUCUAAAGCAGGAGCUGUUUUUCACAGUGAAGUUAAAUCAAAGGAAACAGCUGCUAAAACAAAAGAGUUCUCCAUCAUGAAACCACAAUUACUUAAGAGUUUGAGUGACAGGAACAUAAUUCAAGUGGCCUGUGGAAACAAUCACUCACUGGCACUGUCCAAAGGUGGCAAACUCUUUGCCUGGGGACAGAACACUUAUGGCCAGCUUGGCCUUGGUACCAAAGGUGACUCCGAGCACAGCCCUCAGUGUGUGACAUCUCUCACUGGGAUGCCAGUGGCUCAGAUCACUGCAGGAGGAGAACACAGCUUCGCCCUGUCUCUCUCGGGGGCCAUGUUCGGUUGGGGAAGAAACAAUCACGGGCAGCUGGGGCUCAAGGACACAGAAGAUAGAAAUAAGCCCAACUAUGUGAAGCUGUUAGAGUGUAAGAAGACAAUCCAUAUCUCUUGUGGAGAAGAACACACAGCUGUUCUGACAAAGGAUGGGCUUGUUUUCACCUUUGGGGCCGGGAGUUAUGGGCAACUUGGACACAACUCUACAGAGGAUGAGAUCAAACCUCGUCUAGUUGGCUACCUGUUUGGAAAUAAAGUUUCUCAGAUAGCAUGUGGGAGCCAUCACACACUUGUCUUCGUUCCAUCUUCUGGCAAGAUCUACUCUUUUGGCCAUGUCGAGAAUGGGCUGUUGGGAAACGGAGAGAUCAGUGAUCAAUUAGUCCCUCUCCCAGUCAACAUAAUGGGCACAUCUGGCAAUAAUGGACCUGAAGAUAGUCAUACAACCAAACCAGCUGUGAGAAGAAUUUUUGCAGGAGGAGGCCAAAGUUUUGCAGAGUGCCGGGAUGAAGUGGAUUUGGUGUCCUCUAUCGACCAGUCUGCAUUCAAUAUUUUGAAGAGAAUUAUAACAGUGGACAAUUUACUGAAGAAGGAAAUUGACAAAAACAUGAGAAAGGCAAUUGUUCGAGCAUUUUCUUCUUCUCAAGCUCUGUCUGGAAGUUUCCUGGAUGUCAGCAAGGAUGGCCAUUUCAAAACAAAUGGAGAGGUGUCUGGUCUAGAUAUGUCUGCAGUUUAUUUGGGCUUCAUGGAGUUGGCUAAGAACUCCUCAGUGUUGCAACAGGUGAAGAAUGCAGUACAGAAUUACCUGAUCCCAUCAUUGCCUCGAUCUCCGGCUUGUGUGGAAACAAUGCGAGUUUACAUUAUUCUACCAGAACUCAUCGCUGUGCUGAAAGAGCCAAGGGACACAGCAAUGCUGACAGACUCUUUAAACAAAGCCAUUCUCUCACUCGAAGGAAGUUAUUUUAAAAUUCUCAAAUGCUGGUUGAGUACGAUGCCUUAUUACUUCUUCUUGCGCCUUGUGAGGAUGUAUCAAAAAGAAUCACAUCGACAUCUUCAGCUCGCUAUGGCGGAAAAGCCAAUGUGCCACACCCAACUACACAACUCAUUAAAAAUUUUACAAGCACUUUACAAGGUAAACUCGAGCAGACAUCAGAAGGUUCUAGAGAGAAAUUUCUGCAUUCCUGUAGUGAAAAUUUUAAUAGACUCUUUAUCGGAGUAUGCUGUGCAAUGCUUUCCCGAUGCUCCUCAAACUUUGAGGGAUCAAUACAUAAGUGAAGCAAUGAAUGGAUGUUUCGAGCCAUGUAGACCACAAUGUGACCAGUUUGAAAACUAUUUCUCAGUACUUCGCAUGAUCCAAGAAGGAUUAAUUCCAUAUCGUUGCAUCUUUGAUAUGGAAACAAAGCUUAAAUUAUGGACGAUGGAAUCCUUGAUGCUCCACAAACAAGCUUCUAUACUUGAACCAAUAGAGCUGGAGGUUUCGAGGGAAUCAGUUCUUCAAGACGCACUGGACUAUUUAAGAUCCCACAGAUCAGAUGCUGUAUAUGAUUCAUUUCAGGUCACAUUUACAGAUGAAGAAGGUUAUGGCUCUGGGGUAACGCAGGAAUUCUUCACCCUCUUUGCUCGGGAACUGCAUAGCAACAGACAGAUAUUUCAGCGCUCUGAGGAUUCAGGGCUGCUUUGGUUCCCCAGCUGGGAACCAGAAAUGGAUGAUGUAUUUCAUCUGGUGGGAAUUAUCUGCAGAUUUGCUGUAUCCAAUGGUUUCAUUUGCAAUUUUCACUUCCCGUUGGCUUUGUACAAAAAGCUGCUCCACGAGCAGCCAACACUGGAAGACCUGAAGGAACUCUCACCAAUGGAAGGAAACUCACUCCAGGAGGUCCUUGAUUAUGAGUACGAUGACAUUGAAGACAUGUUUUGUUUGGAUUUUACAAUUCUCAUAGAAACAGCUGACGGGAACAGAGUUAGGAAGGAACUCAUGCCUGAUGGUAUCAAAACACCUGUUCAAAAGCAUAAUAGAAAACAGUUUGUUGAUGCCUAUGUGGAUUAUAAGCUCAACACAUCAGUACAGCAAAAUUACGAAGCCUUUUCAGAAGGUUUCACUGGCAUUUUUUCACCGUUUGUGAAAGUAUUCCAUCCUGAAGAGCUGAGGGAUAUUAUCCAUGGAAGUACCAAUUAUGAGUGGGAGCUGCUGGAACAGAAUGCAACUUACGAUGGAUAUACAGAAACUGACAAAACAAUCCGGAAUUUUUGGAGAGUCUUUGAAAGCCUAUCAGAGGAGAAGAAAAAGCAGUUUCUUGCCUUUCUGACAGGAAGUGACAGAAUCCCAGUGGGAGGAAUUGGGAAUUUCAGAAUUACGAUUCUUAACUCCAGCAGCAGUGAACCAGAUUCCUCAUAUCCUUGUGCCUACACCUGUAACAGGACCCUGGACCUCCCCAACUACAGCAGCAUCAAAAUAUUGAGAGAGAAAUUACUUCAUGCAAUGGAGCAUGGUGAAGAAUUCUUAAUGCAGUAAUAUUUACAGCUAGAGUCUGAACUGACUUAGUCUGAGAAAUGUUGGAUGAUUGACUGAAAAAAUUUGACUAAUAAAACAAAAUUGCAUCA